ACUCGACAGAGCGUAAGCUGUCAGUGGCCUUUACAAACCCCAACAAGAAGAAGAAGAAGAAGCAGCAUCAUGGUGGUGUCUGAGGCUGGCAACUGGUGUCUCAUUGAGAGUGACCCCGGGGUCUUCACUGACCUCAUACACAAGUUUGGAGUGAAAGGUGUCCAGGUGGAAGAAAUAUGGAGUUUAGAUGAUGAUUCCUUCACAAAUCUGAAGCCUGUGCAUGGUCUCAUUUUUUUGUUCAAAUGGCAGCAAGAGGAGCAGCUUUCUGGUACAGUGGUGCAAGAUAAUCGUUUGGAUAAGAUAUUCUUCGCUAAACAGAUGAUAAACAAUGCUUGUGCCACACAGGCGAUUCUAUCCAUAUUGCUCAACACAAAGCAUGUGGACCUACAGCUUGGGAGUACUCUUACUGAGUUUAAGGAGUUUACACAAACAUUUGAUGCUCAUAUGAAAGGUUUAGCACUCUCCAAUUCAGAUACUAUUCGCAAUGUGCACAACUCGUUUGCCAGGCAGACACUCUUCGAGUUUGACAAGCAGCAACCCUCAGAAGAUGACGAUGUGUUUCACUUUGUGGGAUAUAUUCCCAUUGAAGGUCGUCUAUAUGAGCUGGAUGGCCUCAAGGAUGGUCCAAUAGACUUGGGACCAAUAUCUCCUGGUACAGAUUGGCUCACAGUUGUACAGCCAGUUAUUCAACGACGAAUUCAGAAAUACAGUGAAGGUGAAAUUCACUUCAAUCUUAUGGCUAUCGUCAGUGAUCGCAAGAUGGUUAUUGAAAGGAAUAUUGUACAGAUACAGAGAGAAAUUGAGGAAAGUGAAAUGGACACUUCAAGUCAAGAGGAAGAAUUGGCACGUCUUCGAGCAACCCUAGAAUCUGAAGAAACUAAGCGAGCUCGCUGGCAAGUGGAGAAUAUUCGCCGCAAACACAAUUAUCUGCCACUCAUUGUCAAUAUGAUGAAGAUCCUGGCAGAAGAAGGCAAAUUGUUGCCAAUUUACCAAAAUGCUCGGGAAAAGGCCCGGGCACGCCAUGAGAAAUCUAAAGAAAAGUCUAAAGAGAAGAGCAGUGCUUGACAGGAAACAAGACAGACUAUAACAUUUUAAAAAUGGGAUCAAAUUGUGGAAGUUAAUUGUGAAGAUGCAGGUUUUGGUACUGAACAUUAAUCAGUACAUUUUAUUGCAUGUUGAACUUGAGAGGUGGAAUGGAUGUGUCCUUGUUGUAAAUUACACCUUCUGAAGACAUCUUGAUAAACUUUAAAUUAAUUGCUUAAUAAUAUUGAUCUUUACAGAUUAUGUUUUGUUUAUGUAAUAAAAAUAACUGAACUAUGUUUUUUGAUAGAUAAAACUAUACCUGGAGUUUAUUCUUGCUUUUAUUGGCAUGAGUUGUAAUGGACUAUAUAAGUUUUAUGGAAUAUUUAAUAUAAAUGGGCUAUCUUGGCUUCCUUUUAGAUUAAUAAAUGCAUAAUAUUUUAAAAAUAUAUUUUGAUCAUACUAUGUACAUCUUGUCCUAUAUUUGACCUUGCUACAUUCAUCUUGUACCAUUUCCUCAAUAAAGCCAUGUAAUGUGGCAAGUGAAAAUAA